AUGAUAAGCUUAAUUUUAUUGAGUCUUGUAAGUGGAGUGGCAGCCUUCCCAUCUGGUCCCCCUAUAGAAGCAUGUGAAGACUUGAGACCAUUGCAUGGCGGUUCAGAAUCACAACCCGGAUCACCUUUUACAAUUAAUGUCAAUGUUCCAACCUAUUCACCAGGACAGCAAGUGCAAGUUACCAUUUCUAGUUCAGAUGGUCAGAGAUUUAAAGGAUUCAUGAUCCAGGCACGUGAUGAGGCAAGCACAGUGGUAGGGACAUGGACCAACCUCCCCACUUUGACCAAACACAUGGCAUGUAGCUAUGACAACAGCACGGUGUCACACUCAGACAGACUGAAUGCGGCGCAGGUGUCUUUGAACUGGCAGGCCCCAGACCAGAGUGUUGGAAAUGUAGUGUUUGUGGCCACCUUUGUGAGAAACUACCAACAUCCUGAUCCAACAACAAGCCUAUACUGGACUGGAAUUAGAUCUGCUACCUUGACACCUGCAUAAAUUCUGUAGACUGAGAAUAAAUUCUGUAGACUGAGAAUAAAUUCUGUAG